AUGGCUGCCAGCACCUCUUCAUCGACCGCUGCUUCGCCAGCCCCGGCUUUGUCCCCGGCUCCGGCCCCGGUCGCAGCUCCAGGCAAGAACCCGUUAAUGGACUGCCUGAGCUGCCGCCUCUUAUCGGGAACGGGGCUGCUGGGGGCCCACGGCUACGUGUACUGGAUACCGCGGCGGCCCCUGAAGCUGGGCUAUGCCGCCAACCCGGGUAUCAUCUUCCAGAUGGUCGUUGGCAUCAGUAUCGCGUGUUGGGGGUUAGUCAUAUUGGUGGACCCAGUAGGAAAAACCUAUCCUGCAGAAUCAAAGAAGCGGUGA